ACGACUGGGUCUGGCACUUCCUGUAAAGCUAGCUGUGGGUAGCGGACAAGCGGUCGAAGAAAUUACUGAUGUUUUUAUGUAAAAUCGUGGUAUAAUUGUCGAGGGACGUGAUAUUCUGGAGCUUCUAAGGGUCAUAUUUAGGAGACGACAAUGAUCCGCUUCAUCCUCAUCCAGAACCGAGCAGGGAAGACGCGACUGGCCAAAUGGUACAUGCAGUUUGAUGAUGAUGAGAAGCAGAAGUUGAUUGAAGAAGUGCAUGCUGUGGUAACUGUCAGAGAUGCCAAGCACACCAACUUUGUGGAGUUCAGGAACUUCAAGAUCAUUUACAGGCGUUAUGCUGGACUGUACUUCUGUAUUUGUGUGGACGUGACUGAUAACAACUUGGCAUACCUAGAGGGAAUUCACAACUUUGUAGAGGUGCUGAAUGAGUAUUUCCACAACGUGUGUGAGUUGGACCUUGUGUUCAAUUUCUACAAGGUGUACACGGUGGUGGAUGAGAUGUUUCUCGCAGGAGAGAUCAGGGAGACCAGCCAGACCAAGGUCCUCAAGCAGCUCCUCAUGCUCCAGUCGCUUGAGUAGAAAAAUGGAGAACCAUCCUUCCUACCUUACUGCUGCCCUGGCACCCAAACCCACCUACUCAUUGUGCCGGUGUCUCUGUAAAAGGCCUCCCUUCUCUACUCAGCAGACCUCACUUAAGACACAACUUCAGGAGGCAUGUUUUUAGAAAUAGAAAUAUUGUUUACAUUAUGCAUACGUAGAUGGAGGUUCAUUGAACCUGUUUGUUAUAGCAGUCUGUAUAUAACUGUUGCACUGCUAAUGAAGAUACCCCUUAUAAAUCUAUACAUUUCAACAUGUUAACAUUUCAUAUACAGAACACUAAGAGGACACGCAUCCUUCCAUUUAAUUGUUCUUGGUUUUCGAUGAUGACGAGUAAAUAUCAGCUGUUUUUCCUAGAUGAUAACUCUUUCAUCUCAUUAACUCUGGAUAACAACACUGGUGAUUACAAGUUCAUCUUCUCAAGAUCUUGGGAAAUAAACUUAUAUUUGAAAACCCAGGGUUGUUAUCUGGAGACGACGAGAUGAAGAAGUCAAGAUCUCGACAAAAAAAACAUCUGGAAAUUACUUGUUACCGUGGAACAAAAAAAUGAGUAGACUUAAAUGUAUGGAUGCUUUUCUGCUUGGGGAUCUGUAUAGACCACCUAAGUUACAAUUAACAUUCCCCAGAGGCUGCGGAACAAUUCAAGUGGUAACCAGUUGGUCUUUGCAUUCACAUCUGCUGUUCAGAAUCACCGCAGUAACUCUGCGUUCUCCUGCCCUCGUCCUCUCCUCCCUUUAAUAUCCAACUCCAACUUUCAUAUAACAGCACUACUUUAACUAGCAAGCACCCUGUAUAAAGAGAGACCGCCUAUAAUGAUCCACGAGCACUGAGCACUUACUAUGACCGUGCAAGCCAUCUCUAAAUCCAUGACCUUGCCUGUGAUGGGGUAUUAGACUUGUUGUCACGCCUUGUGCUCAUUUAAUUUCUGGAUCACAGUACAAGCAAACUACAUCUAGAAAGCCCUUUGGAGCAAUUGACCCAGCACAGCAGGUUCAUAAUUGAAUGGAGUGUACUCAGGUUGAGUGCCAUUCUGAUGGUGUGCUAUGCCAAGCUGUGCUGUGUCGGACGUCCUCACAGCUGAUGAGAAUAAACAGUGUAGGUUAUGUGAGUGCAGAUGGCAACUCUCUGGGUGCUGUAAUUGUUUUUAAUGCUAAUUGUCUACAUCAUCUUGUGCAACUUACUACAUAAACAUACAGAACAGAGCGCACUUAGAUGGAAAAAGAUCUGGACACAAAGUACAUUUGACCUGAAGUAGUGCUGUGAAGUUUGCUUUGUAUGAUGUGUGUGGACAUACAGUGUAUCUUGUUGAAUAUUGUGAAAUGAACAGAUCCAUUUCUCGAGGAGUGGUUCUGCUCAUUAUGUUGUCUGAGCAGUAUUUGUUGUUGAAGAUCCAUAAAAUAAAUUUGCUUUUAAACACGUUUCAUGAACUUUGGCCAACACAAUCCUCUUUUAUUCAUAUCUGUUUGCUGGACUUUAAUGAUUGACAUUAUCUAGCGUAGCCUACUUCCUCCAACCAGUCAUCAGGGUGUCAAAGGUGGUUUCAAAUGUUACUGUUGUUCAACUUUUGUAUUUUUUUUUUUUCUAAUGAUUUGGCAUUUGUGAAAUAUGAACUGCAUUCCUUAUUGUCCCGUGUGAGUUUUUUGAUGAAUGAUGUGAUUGUAUGUAUUACUGUCUGAUUCAGUUACCCACAUCAAUAUGUCCCAUUAUAUGUAAAUAAAAACAAACGGAUGAAUACAAA